GUGCAAGCUUCCAGGGAACCUCGUCGUGGAAAGUGGGCGCCUAGCCUAAGCGAACAGCGACGCCUCCCAAAGCCUACAGUAGGAUACCGAAAACUCCGCGGUCCAAGGGAGUGAAGACCCCGCUAAGAAUGGUCAAAGGCCGUUGAGACGAUCGGACAAUACUGGAGCGAGCAGCGACUACCUGUUCUACUCAUAACGGCGCCCAAGACUUACGCCAUUGCCAGGUUUCACUCUUUAGUUCAAAGGCUGUUGAGAUGAUCUUGCAGUGCUGGAGCGAACAGCGAGUACCUGUUCUACUCACAACGGCGCCCAAGACUCACACCAUUGUCAGACAGAGUCGGGGAAAGACUGGCAAGACAGAAGCGAGCAGCGGUCUCCGAAACCGAGCGACGCGACCGGGAGCAGAAGGAGGCGCCCGCUGGGAGCCGUGGUCGGAAACCUCGGGCAACACGCGAGCGAGCAGCCGUUGCGUUGUGGAAGCCGCCGAACAGUGGUGAGAGUAGCGCCCAUGCCGUAGAACCGAGGGGACGGUCACGUGAUCAGCCCGGCCGGGCCAAGACGGAUGCGAACAGCUCCCGUUCUUGAGUUGCACCAAGGAGCCGCCAAAGUGUAAAUACGGAACGGGACAGGACACAAGUCCUCCAGGAGACGCCGUUCAAGUGAUAGGGCAAGAUGUGAGUGAACAGCUAGAGUACACCAACUCCUCAGGAGGCGCUACCCACGGCGUCUAUUGCCAGCGAAAAAGGAUGUCAAGUAACAGCCUCGAGCGAGCCUCAUUGGGGAAAAUGGGCGCCUACCCCUAACGAACGGCGACGCCGUCCAAGGCCUACAGUAGGCUACCGAAGACUUCACGACCCAAGCGUGAGAGGAGCCAGCCAAGAAGGAAGCGGAUCAGCCCGACCUGGGCAAGAUGGAUGCGAACAGCAGCAGUCUGUACCAUGAAAUCGGGCCGGUGCAGCGCCCCGUUAGAGAUACAGAAUGGGACGGAACACAAGCCCUCGAGGCGCCAAAAGCCAGUCGAAGUGGAUCUGCGAGACCGGGCAGCUCGGGAGCGAACAGCAGGCAGGGCCCGCAGCAACGGGCGCCUGAAGACCACAGCCUUCCGUCUACCUUCCGCGAGGGUGAAUGCCAUCGCAGAUGGUAGACGCGGUCCGGGUGAAACCGAAGCGAACAGUGGUUGUGCCUGAAGCCACGCGCGGAUCCCGAAGACUAGCUUUGCACGGGAAAGCCAGUCAACGCGGAUCAGCCCGGCCUUGGCAAGAUGGAGGCGGACAGCCGCAACACUUCCAGGAACAGCCUUCCAGUAACAGCUUUCCCAAUGUUUUGCGAUAGCAAUUAUAUGGACACUCCAAGCGACUUCUCGCCGUCGGCAUCGCAAUGAGGUUCGGUAUAUAUUUAGGAUGAUCGGAUGGGCAGGACGGGAGCGGACAGCGACAGUGCUAGGCGCAAGGGAAUGGCGCCGAUGACUGCUCGUUGGCUCAUGGCGAAGGACCCAGAGAAGCCAGUGGUAGCGGAUCGGCGAGACCGGGCAGGAAGGAAGCGAACAGCGGACCGGAGAAGUGCUGAAAAGCACAAGAUCGUGGAGAGCACCGCCUUCCGUCUGCCUUCCGCGAGGGUGAAUACCGUUGCGUGUGGUAGACGCGGGGCGGGCGAGACCGAAGCGAACAGCGGUUGUGUCUGAAGGCACUGCGAAGAUACCGACGAAUGACUGUGCACGGGUGAGGGGAAGGUCAAGCCUGCCGAUAGCCAACCCCUUCCAGGAGGAUCGGGGAGACAGGACGGAAGCGAACAGCGACCGGGCUAGGGGCAACGGAAUGGCGCCGGCGAUGGCUCAUUGGCUCGUGGCGAAGGACGCAGAGAAGCCAGUUGGAAGUGGAUGGGCGAGACCGGGCAGCUCGGGAGCGAACAGCGGCAGUGAUAUCGUGGAGAGCACGGCCUGCACUCUACCUUCCGCGAGGUUGAAUGCCGUCACGGACGAUAAACGUGACCCGCGCGAGACCGAAACGAACAGCGGCUGUAUCUGAAGCCACAUAAGGCUACCGAAGACACUGUGCACGGCUCAGGGGAAGGCCGAGCCUGCCAAGAGCACCAGUCGAGCAGGAACCGCGGCAGGACGGGAGAGAGCAGCGACCUUCAACGGAGCAGCGCGAUCGCGGCGACCACCGUCUUCCCCCCGUCUACUUUUCCCGAGGGCGAUCGACGUCGUGGAAUGCAGACCUCGGUCGGGGGCGAGACCGAAGCGAACAGCGGUGGCGUCUCGCCCACAUCUGGAUAUCGAAGACCGGUUGCCCACCGCUUAGGGGGAAGGUCGACCCUACCCAGUGCACGUGUGAACCAAGGCUUUCGGCAAGGUCGGGCAACACGUGAGCGAACAGCAGGGACGCUGGAAGCGCCAUACAAAGUCCAAGAAGCUGCUGGCAGGCUUCAAGCUAGAGUCUCGCCGUGGAAAGUGAGCGCCUAUCCUUGGCGAACACUGACGCCGUCCAAAGCCUACAGUAGGGUACCGAAGACCACGGCUCCACGAUUAAGGGAAAUGACUCGCCUGCUGAGAACGAUCGUCGAAGCGACCGGCAAAACGGGAGCGAGCCGCGAGUACCUGUUAUACACAGGACGUACGACGCCGGAAAUUGUCGCCCUUGUGAGCAUGUGCACCAAGGCCGUCAUAAAUGUUGGGGCAACACGGGAGCGAUCAGUAACGGCUGUGGAAGCGGGAGAUGCGCCAUGGCAGGAGAGGACAACAGUCUAUUCAGAAAGCCAGUCGAAGUGGAUCGGCACCACAGGGGCAUGACGGGAGCGAACAGCCGAGGCAGUGGUGGACGCAGUCUUCCGUCUACGUUUCGUCAGGGCGAGGCCGAAGCGAACCGCGGUGGGUGUGAAGCCGCAGAAGACUGGCUGCACACGGCCCAGGGGAAGGACAAGCCUGCCCGCCUCGGCUAUACCUGACGACGUGGCACCGCAAAAUGCUACCUACGGCUGUCAUCUGUUCCGGCGUUCCAAGCUAGCAAGACCCUGGCAAAGGCACCGAAGACCACAAUGUGGAGGACUGGGCAAGGCCGAGGCAAGACAGAAGCAAGCAGCGAUGCCGUAGGACGCGACAUCGGGUUACCGAAGACUGGGAGCAGAACGGCGGGGAGCAGGAAGAUCCAGCCCGCCGAGGGCCAGUGGUAGGCCUCCAGAGAACCUCGUCGUGGAAAGGGGGCGCCUAGCCCUAAGCGAGCAGCGACGUCGCCCAAAGCCCACAGUAGGAUACCGAAGACUCCAGGGCCCAGGGAGUUAAGAGCUCUAUGGGAAUGGCAAGGCCGAGGCAGGACAGAAGGAAGCAGCGAUGCCGUAGGACGCGACAUCAGGGUGCCGAAGACUGGCGACACGACCGGGAGCAGGAAGCUGCAGCCCGCCGAGGGCCAGUGUCAGGCUUCCAACGCCCGUUGGCUGGUCGUUCUUCUCGUCGCCGAACGGCUACUUCCACCCGCUAGCCUAAGCGAACCGCGACGCCGCCCAAAGCCUACAGUGGGGUACCGAAGACUCCAUGGUCCAGUGGAGAUGAGGAGCCUGCUGAGAAUGGUUUUAAAAAAUUUCAAACGCCAGACGAGCAGUCCAACUCAGGGGCGGAUGGAUCUGUUGACCGCAGCCAGCGAAGUCAAGGAGGCACAUAAAUGGCUAGUAGCAUGUGCACCAAGGCCGUCAUAAAAGCCGGGCAACACGAAAGCGAUCAGCAAAGUCUCUGGAAGCCGGAGAGACGUAUCAUGGCAGGAGACGAGAACCAGCUUUUCAGGAACAGCCGUGGAAAGACCGGCAAGACCGAAGUGAGCAGCGGUACCGCGUCUUAAGUGACACUGGGUUACCGAAAACAAGCGACGCGACCAGGAGCCGAAGGAGGCGUCUGCUGGGAUCCAACCACAGGCUUCCAGAGAACCUCGUCGUGGAAAGUGGGCGCCUAGCCUAUGCGAACAGUGACGCCCCCCAAAGCCUACAGUAGGAUAUCGAAGACUCCACGGUCCAAGGCAGCCAAGACCCCGCUAAGAAAGUUCAAAGGCCGUUGAGACGAUCGGACAAUACUGGAGCGAGCAGCGACUACCUGUUCUACUCAUAACGGCGCCCAAGACUUACGCCAUUAUCAGCAUGUGCACCGAGGCCAUCAAAAUGGUCAGGCAACACGGGAGCGGUCAGCAAUGACUGUAGAAGCGACAGGGAUUUGACAGUCGAGAACAAGCAUUCUAGGCAGAGUCGGGGAAAGACUGGCAAGACAGAAGCGAGCAGCGGUGCCGCCUCCUGGCACUGGGUCUCCGAAACCGAGCGACGCGACCGGGAGCAGAAGGAGGCGCCCGCUGGGAGCCGUGGUCGGAAACCUCGGGCAACACGCGAGCGAGCAGCCGUUGCGUUGUGGAAGCCGCCGAACAGUGGUGAGAGUAGCGCCCAUGCCGUAGAACCGAGGGGACGGUCACGUGAUCAGCCCGGCCGAGCCAAGACGGAUGCGAACAGCUCCCGUUCUUGAGUUGCACCAAGGAGCCGCCAAAGUGUAAAUACCGAACGGGACAGGACACAAGUCCUCCAGGAGACGCCGUUCAAGUGAUAGGGCAAGAUGUGAGUGAACAGCCAGAGUACACCAACUCCUCAGGAGGCGCUACCCACGGCGUCUAUUGCCAGCGAAAAAGGAUGUCAAGUAACAGCUUCGAGUGAGCCUCAUUGGGGAAAAUGGGCGCCUACCCCUAGCGAACGGCGACGCCGUCCAAGGCCUACAGUGGGCUACCGAAGACUUCAGGACCCAAGCGUGGGAGGAGCCAGCCAAGAAGGAAGCGGAUCAGCCCGACCUGGGCAAGAUGGAUGCGAACAGCAGCAGUCUGUACCAUGAAAUCGGGCCGGUGCAGCGCCCCGUUAGAGAUACAGAAUGGGACGGAACACAAGCCCUCGAGGCGCUAAAAGCCAGUCGAAGUGGAUCUGCGAGACCGGGCAGCUCGGGAGCGAACAGCAGGCAGGGCCCGCAGCAACGGGCGCCUGAAGACCACAGCCUUCCGUCUACCUUCCGCGAGGGUGAAUGCCAUCGCAGAUGGUAGACGCGGUCCGGGUGAAACCGAAGCGAACAGUGGUUGUGCCUGAAGCCACGCGCGGAUCCCGAAGACUAGCUUUGCACGGGAAAGCCAGUCAACGCGGAUCAGCCCGGCCUUGGCAAGAUGGAGGCGGACAGCCGCAACACUUCCAGGAACAGCCUUCCAGUAACAGCUUUCCCAAUGUUUUGCGAUAGCAAUUAUAUGGACACUCCAAGCGACUUCUCGCCGUCGGCAUCGCAAUGAGGUUCGGUAUAUAUUUAGGGUGAUCGGAUGGGCAGGACGGGAGCGGACAGCGACAGUGCUAGGCGCAAGGGAAUGGCGCCGAUGACUGCUCGUUGGCUCAUGGCGAAGGACCCAGAGAAGCCAGUUGUAGCGGAUCGGCGAGACCGGGCAGGAAGGAAGCGAACAGCGGACCGGACAAGCGCUGAAAAGCACAAGAUCGUGGAGAGCACCGCCUUCCGUCUCCCUUCCGCGAGGGUGAAUACCGUUGCGUGUGGUAGACGCCGGGCGGGCGAGACCGAAGCGAACAGCGGUUGCGUCUGAAGGCACCGCGAAGAUACCGACGAAUGACUGUGCACGGGUGAGGGGAAGGUCAAGCCUGCCGGUAGCCAACAGCGUCCAGGAGGAUCGGGGAGACAGGACGGGAGCGAACAGCCACCGUGCCAGGGGCAACGGAAUGGCGCCGGCGACGGCUCAUUGGCUCGUGGCGAAGGACCGGAGAGAAGCCAGUUGGAAGUGGAUGGGCGAGGGCGGGCAGCUCGGGAGCGAACAGCGGCAGUGAUAUCGUGGAGAGCACGGCCUGCACUCUACCUUCCGCGAGGGUGAAUGCCGUCACGGACGAUAAACGCGACCCUGCGCAAGACCGAAACGAACAGCGGCUGUAGCUGAAGCCACAUAAUGAUACCGAAGACACUGUGCACGGCUCAGGGGAAGGCCGAGCCUGCCAAGAGCAGCCGUUGAGACGAUCGGACAAUACUGGAGCGAGCAGCGACUACCUGUUCUACUCAUAACGGCGCCCAAGACUUACGCCAUUGUCAGGUUUCACUCUUUAGUUCAAAGGCUGUUGAGAUGAUCUUGCAGUGCUGGAGCGAACAGCGAGUACCUGUUCUACUCACAACGGCGCCCAAGACUCACACAAUUGUCAGGCAGAGUCGGGGAAAGACUGGCAAGACAGAAGCGAGCAGCGGUGCCGCCUCCUGACACUGGGUCUCCGAAACCGAGCGGCGCGACCGGGAGCAGAAGGAGGCGCCCGCUGGGAGCCCGCGGAUCAGCCCGACCGGGCCAAGACGGAUGCGAACAGCUCCCGUUCUUGAGUUGCACCAAGGAGCCGCCAAAGUAUAAAUACCGAACGGUACAGGACACAAGUCCUCCAGGAGACAACCCCUUCCAGGAGGAUCGGGGAUACAGGACGGGAACGAACAGCGACCGGGCUAGGGGCAACGGAAUGGCGGCGGCUAUGGCUCAUUGGCUCGUGGCGAAGGACGCACAGAAGCCAGUUGGAAGUGGAUGGGCGAGGGCGGGCAGCUCGGGAGCGAACAGCGGCAGUGAUAUCGUGGAGAGCACGGCCUGCACUCUACCUUCCGCGAGGGUGAAUGCCGUCACGGACGAUAAACGCGACCCGCGCGAGACCGAAACGAACAGCGGUUGUAGCUGAAGCCACAUAAGGAUACCGAAGACACUGUGCAUGGCUCAGGGGAAGGCCGAGCCUGCCAAGAGCACCAGUCGAGCAGGAACCGCGGCAGGACGGGAGCGAGCAGCGACCUUCAACGGAGCAGCGCGAUCGCGGCGACCACCGUCUUCCCGCCGUCUACUUUUCCCGAGGGCGAUCGACGUCGUGGACUGCAGACCUGGGUCGGGGGCGAGACCGAAGCGAACAGCGGUGGCGUCUCGCCCACAUCUGGAUAUCGAAGACUGGUUGCCCACCGCUUAGGGGAAGGUCGACCCUACCCAGUGCACGUGUGAACCAAGGCUGUCGGCAAGGUCGGGCAACACGUGAGCGAACAGCAGGGACGCUGGAAGCGCCAUACAAAGUCCAAGAAGCUGCUGGCAGGCGGAAUGGGGCGGGACCAAAGCGAACAGCGAUGCCGUCUGAAGCGACACGAGGUUACCGAAGACGGGCUACUCGAGCAGGAGUACUCAGACAGACCUGGCCAGAGUCAUCGUCGAAGUGACCGGCAAAACGGGAGCGAGCCGCGAGUACCUGUUGUACACAGGACGUACGACGGCGGAAAUUGUCGCCCUUGUGAGCAUGUGCACCAAGGCCGUUAUAAAAGUCGGGCAACACGGGAGCGAUCAGCAACGGCUCUGGAAGCGAGAGAUGUGCCGUGGCAGGAGAGAACAAGCUAUUCAGCCAGUCCACGAGAAUGGGGGCGACAAGACGGGAGUGAACAGCGACACUACCUGGGGCAACCGGAUGGCGCAGUGUACUGCUCAUGGACUCAGGGCGAGGGACGUAC